ACUAGGCGCCAUGUCGAUGGGAUCGUGUUCAGCGAAAUAUUUAUUAAUUCUAUUGAACGCAUUCUUUCUAGUGGUUUCGUUGGUGCUAAUUGCAGUUGGAUCUCUCAUGCAAGUAUCCUUCCAUGAGUAUGCACAAGUUUUCCGUGAUAGCGUAAGUGUACCAGCUGUACUAAUAAUUUCCCUCGGCCUCUUAAUAUGUAUGACUUCGAUUUUUGGCCUAGUGAUCGUUGUAAAAGAAAGAUACAUUUUAUUAUCAGUAUAUUCUUGCGUUCUUGUCAUUCUUAUUAUUGCUGAAAUUUUAAUUGGACUCGUUGGUCUUACCCUAAAGUCUUAUGUACGCCAAAUUGUGGUGCAUACUAUGCAAGUGGCGGAGAGGAAAUAUAACGAGAGCAUUUCUGCGGCUUACACUUGGAAUACUAUACAGAACAACUUGCACUGCUGCGGUAUUUUGAACUACACUGAGUGGUUGCCUUAUUUGAACAAUUCUGUACCAAAUUCCUGUUGCAUCUCUUAUAAAUAUAACUGUGGUACUAAUGCUGUUGAGGCCAACAACGUUCAUGCGACAGGCUGUGAUAAAGCUUUGUUUCACUGGCUCUACGAACACCAAAUUGUCAUCGGCGCCCUUUGUGCUGCUUUUGUCUUGCUAAAGAUUUUGACGCUUAUGUUAGCGCGUUGUUACGACAGAUAUCUCGUGGAAUUUACAAAUCAACCCAGUCUGAAUCCUUUCAAAAGUUCAAUAUGGCAGUAGCAACAAACCGUAACUACUAAAAAUGUCUCUAAAGAAACUAAAUUUUCAACAAAAUUGUAACUAUAAGUUAUUGGAUUGUCAGUUUCGGUUUAUUUGCUAAAGAAAAAAAUGUAAGCACGGAAAUUUUGUUCGAGUCUAUUAUAUCGUUCACAAAAUGGUUUUUUUUUUUUUUGUUUCCCAAUGCUUUCAGAAAAACUUCACUUCGCUAUAGACUCUAUUUGUGGUUCCCAAUUUUAUGCCAUAGAAAUAAUACGGAUUCAGUGAAAACUUUAAUUGCCCAAAUUUGUUAUACUUUUUUUCCAAAAGUGUCACGACUCGAUGUUUUUGAAAGCAAAUUUCAAUCUUCAAUGACUUGUGAAAGGAACUUUUGAUUAUAUUAUCUGAAGUGCACACGACCUCCCUGGAGUUGCUUUACACCGAGUUUUCUUCGCGUUCUAACAAUCUAAUUUCAGGCGAACAAAAGCUUUUUUUACAUAAAUAAAUGGUUAUUUCUGGAAUGCUUCUAACUUCAUGUCGCUUGUCUUAUCUUAACAAGAUUAUUUCCAAUGUAAUUCUGAAUUAUUGCAUGUUAUCUUACACCAACCUCUAAAUUUCAACUUGGCUAGGUAGCUCUCUUCUGACCUUAGCAUGUUAAGUAACCAAUUGAGUCGGCAAUGUAAUGAAUUUCUAAUUUUAUCAGCCAAAUCUUGAUUUUCAGGAUUUUGUUUAGUGAGUGCUAAUAUGAUAAGCAAAGACUACAUCUCAAAUGGUCCUCCUCUUCAGAAAAAACUUUCUGACUACAUCUCCCCAUCUUCGAGACUGCUACAAUAAAGUAUUGCUACCAAAUCUAGAACGGUACUGCUGCUACACAACUUGGACAGCGUCCAGAGAAAGUUGCUUAAAUUUGCAUGACACUAACGCUUCAGUCCUUGGUUUACAUGUACUGUCGCCUUCCCGCUUUUUCUAUUACAAUACUAUCUGCAUUUUGGAGCUGGCUCAUUUCCAUUCCUCUCUCCAUCACCUAUGUACUUUCCACUUCCAUCACCUAUGUUGAGUCCAAUACUCCAGGCCAUGUAGCAACCACAACAUUUAGUUAAUCUCAGAAUGUCUGUUUUCAGGAACUCUCUCCAUACAUGUUUCUCGCCGUCGUUGGUUUGCAGCGAUUUCGGUGAAAAAUUAGCAACCUUGAAGGACCCGCGGAGAAGCUUCAGCAUAGUCUCUGCUUCCAGGUCGCACACAUUCAGUAAAAAGCUCGCUAAUAUACAAAUCCUGAUUCGACAAAGAGUUAUAUUUUGUUAAAAUAUCAACUGUAUAGAAAUACAUUGAAAUUAAACAGUGUUAAAGGACAGAUUUUUCCUGAUACAUAGCAAAUAAAGGUAUUAGCGGGUAUAACAUUCCUUAAUUUUUGUAAUCUAGAAUUACACAUUCAUUAAAUAGGUACUAAAACCCUCUCAAAUCAAACAGUACUGCAUAUUUUCAAUGCAGGCCUACCAUCCAGUAUUCGGACGUAUUUCCAUUAUUGUACUUGAAACUUUAUUUU